AUGUUUAACACUACGACAACUGCCUUCUAUCACCCAACCGGUCAAACCACAAAGAGUUACCUCAGCAGCUUUAGCACAUCAAUAUCUUCUUCACUGCUGCACUCCUCUCUCGUCCUACUUCCGCUAAGUAAAAUAUUUGGGAGUAACUCUACCAAACAAACUGCCACAGAACCUAUAAUACCCUCCACCCAAUCUUCCCCAUCUCAACCUCAAAAGCGCUCUUCUCGUCGCACUCAACGUCACUCUUCCCCCUCUUCGCUGUCUAUUUCUGCCGCUAUCUCUUCAAGCAUGGGUAAUAUUCUUCCCUCUGCAUCGAAUAACGUCAUUACACCAUCAACAGCCUUGAAUCAAUACUCCCAUGCAAUGAGAAAGAAGAAGCCGGCAAACAAAUUGAGCAGGCACAGGAUCGAUUCAGCAAUUACCCUGUCUGCUAUCGCUGUCGAAGAGGACAGUCAGGGGAAUUAUAAAUGUGCUACCGACUUGUAUCUGAGUGCUUUGGAAAAUAUGCUGUAUGCUCUACCAGUCCAGGCCGACCCAGUCCGUCAAGAAGCGCUACGCAAAAAGCUCAUGGCCUUUCUCUCAGACACGGGCUUGUCAGACGAAUUCGCUCUCACGCCAACGCCUCCCAAACACGGCCGUUCCAACUCUGAUCCCACUCAUCUUUCUCUCCACUCUUCAUCGUCAUCAUCAUCGACGGUGACUGCUACUACGACAACAGCUAAUACUCGAUCCAAAGUUUCUGAUCAAAUAAUCAAUGCGGCAAUCAACGGUGCCGUCGCUCUCAAACAGUCUCCUAUUCCCGAUGCCAUUUCAGCUACUGUCAAUUACACGAUGAAGAAGAUCAAAAACAUUGACGAGACCUAUGGGUUACAGGAGAAGGCAUGGGAGAUUAGCAGAUCGGGGAUUAAUCUCGCGUUGGAGAUAGAUCAACAGUAUAACGUUCAUGAAAAGGUUGGUAAUGCAUUAUUUACGGGAUUAGCGGCGGCUAUGAAGGCAGGCAUUGCAUACAAGGAUUCGCCUGGAUAUCAGGAAGUCAAGAGGAUGAGAAUGGAGUAUUGUAACAACAAGGAAAGAAUGAUCGAGCAGAAUGGCAUGACAAAAGAUCUACAUGAUUAA